UUGUGUCUCCGCCCGCUGCUGCUGCCACCCUCACUUAAUCUUCCCAGAAGAGUCGCAGUUCAUCUCGAACGGGCCCAAGAAGAGGCAGCAUGAUCCGUACAGUGUUUUCUCGGGCUCUUCCCAGACUGAGCCGGCUGUCGGUGUGUCACUACUCUGCGACGGCCAUACCAGAACCGAGCACCCGACCUGAGAUCCAUUAUAACAAGCUGUUUAUCAACAACCAGUGGCAGGAUGCAGCGAGUGGGAAAACUUUCCCUACCAUUAACCCGGCAACUGGUGAAGUCAUCUGUCAAGUCGCCGAGGCUGACAAGGCAGAUGUAGACAGGGCGGUGAAAGCAGCACGUAAUGCCUUUAAGUUGGGGUCACCAUGGCGACGGAUGGAUGCCUCUCAUCGCGGCCUGCUUCUGAACCGAUUAGCUGAUGCCAUUGAGAGGGAUGCUGCCUAUCUCGCGGAACUGGAGACCCUUGACAAUGGAAAGCCAUAUGUAGAUUCCUACACUGUGGACCUACCAAAUGUGGUGAAAUGUCUCAGGUACUACGCAGGCUGGGCUGACAAAUGGGAGGGAAAGACCAUUCCCAUUGAUGGAGAUUAUUUCUGCUACACCAGACAUGAACCCAUUGGAGUCUGUGGACAGAUCAUACCGUGGAACUUCCCUCUGUUGAUGCAGGCCUGGAAGCUCGGCCCUGCCCUUGCGACAGGGAACACUGUGGUGAUGAAAGUUGCAGAGCAGACGCCACUCACAGCACUCUAUGUGGCCAGCCUUAUUAAAGAGGUGGGGUUUCCUGAAGGUGUUGUGAAUAUCUUGCCUGGCAUGGGACCAUCAGCUGGAGCCGCUAUUACCGAGCACAUGGAUGUUGACAAGGUGGCUUUCACUGGCUCCACAGAGGUGGGUCAUCUCAUUCAGCAGGCCUCAGGCAGCAGUAACCUGAAGAAAGUUACUCUGGAGCUGGGAGGAAAGAGUCCUAAUAUCAUUCUGUCUGAUGCCAACAUGGAAGAUGCAGUGGAGCAGUCCCAUUUUGCCCUGUUUUUCAACCAAGGCCAGUGUUGCUGUGCUGGCUCCAGAACCUACGUCCAAGCAGACAUCUAUGAUGAGUUUGUUGAACGGAGUGUUGACCGAGCUAAGAGACGAGUGGUUGGAAACCCUUUUGACUUAAACACUGAGCAAGGACCUCAGGUAGAUGAGGAGCAGUUCAACAAGAUUCUGGGAUACAUUAGCAGUGGAAAAAGAGAAGGAGCCAAGCUGAUGUGUGGAGGAGGAGUUGCUGCAGACAGAGGAUACUUCAUCCAACCAACUGUGUUUGGCGAUGUCCAGGACAACAUGACCAUUGCCAGAGAGGAGAUUUUUGGUCCAGUGAUGCAGAUCCUGAAGUUUAAAUCACUGGAAGAGGUCGUGACAAGAGCCAAUGAUACCAAAUAUGGUUUAGCAGCUGCUGUGUUUACUAAGGACAUUGAUAAGGCCAACUAUAUCUCCAAUGGGCUCCGUGCUGGCACAGUUUGGAUUAACUGUUAUGACGUUUUUGGUGCUCAGGCUCCAUUUGGAGGCUAUAAGGCUUCGGGUAAUGGGAGAGAGCUUGGACAGUAUGGCCUGGACAACUAUACGGAAGUGAAAACGGUGACAAUAAAGGUGCCUCAGAAGAAUUCUUAGACGUGCAGUGAGCCCAUUCGACAGCUGAAUGCUGACAACCAAAACAUAUUGGACUGUGAUUUUCUGCUGCUUGGGAUCUGUGUGGAGUAAUUCUACUUCUGCUUGUCAUUUCAUGCACAGUACAAACCUGUUGAAGCAAGGAGGAAGGAGGAGCAUUUGCAUUAGAGCAGAAAGACUUUUUUUUUUUUUUGCUGUGAAAAUGUACCCACCCACAUGUAAAAUAAAUAAAAUAGUUGCAUAGAGGUGAAUAAAUUACUUGCCACUCUGCUGACAAUUUCUCUAACACCAGAAUAUGGAAAACUUUCUUUGUGAUUCUACUCUCCAUACCUUAAUAUUAAUCAUCAUAAUCAUCAAACUAUAAAGUCACUAUCUGUGUUUCCAAUCUGUGGGCUUUGAGAAAUUUCAGACUGUUCAUAAUAAAUGCAUCUGAGGCA